AUGGACUUUCGCCUGAAAGGCCCCAAGGGUCAAGCGACCUUGCGGAAAGUGCCGCCCGAGCGACCACUCGAGGAGUUCCUUCAGGAGAUCUCCGAUGCGUCCGGCGUGCCAGUGCCAUGCUUGAGCCUCCGGGUGGGUUUUCCGCCCCAGCCGUUGCAGCUGCGCCUGGGCUCAGCGGCAGACACGGCGACGGGGCAUGGGGACUGGGCCUCUACGGAGCGCGCGGGCGCGAGGGACCGGGCGCCGGAGGAGAGCGCGCGCGGCGCGGCGACGCUGGCCGCGUUGGGCUUGAAGACCGGAGAGUCCAUCGUGGUGCAACACGUGGAGCCGGUCGAGGCGCAGGGCACGGUGCUGAAAAGGAGCGGCGGAAUUGGGACGGGGAGGAUCAUCGCUGCGGACAACAGCUGCCUGUUCAACGCCUUUGGCUACGUGCAAGAGAAGCUCCGGGACAAGGCGCCCAGCUAUCGUCAGCUGGUGGCCCAGCGGAUCAAGGAGGACCCGGAGCGCUUCUCCGAGGCCUUCUUGGCCAAGCCCAACGAGGAAUAUUGCAGUUGGAUCUUGAAGGAUCAGAGCUGGGGUGGUGCCAUUGAGCUUAGCAUCCUGGCGGAGCACUUCCAAUGCGAAAUCGCUGCCUAUGACAAGUUCUGCGUUCUGCCCUGCCUCAACGAGAGCAACAGCUACGGCUUCGACCCGUCUCGAUGGAUCCGAUGGCCCGAACGGCCGAUGGCAACGAACGGUGCAAGGGUGCAGAACAGGAUCGAACUCGCGGUUGCUCCGAAGAUCGCACCACGAUUCACUUGCCGCGAUUGCCGCAGCUUUGAGGCUGCCGUGCGAGACAUUUGCACCAAGCGACGGGACCUGCACGGCGAGGGGCAAGGCUACCGCACACGGUGCAUGUUGAUCUACGAUGGAAUUCACUACGACGCCUUGGCCUUGGCGAAAGACCCCCAGGCGCCCGAGGCCGAGGACGUGACCGUCUUCCCCGCCGGUGGCGUGGCCGAGGUGGUGGACCUGAAAGCCCGUGCGUUGGUGGAGGAACAGCACCAGCAACGGCAGUUCACCGACACCGGGAGCUUCUCGCUGCGGUGCAUCGACUGUCAGAAGGGCUUGAAGGGCGAGAAGGAGACCGAGCGACGGACGUAG